AUGGAUUCCCUAGAAGAUCGACGGACGCUCCUAGAUGCAACUUUUUUGCACAAGUUAGUGAACCACAAAAUAGAUUCAUUGUUCGCAUCGGGACAUGUUAUUUUCAAGGUAUCGCUGAAAAUACCCAUCGGUAAAAGCCAAUACAUGAGCUUUUGUGGCGGUUCUGUGAUGGCGGAAAACAAGGUUCUGACAGCGGCGCAUUGUUUAACAGAGGACGGAAAUUUCUGCGAAAAACUUUUUAAGAAAUAUAAAACAAAAAGCUUAAUGAAGUUAUAUGUCGUGGCUGGGACCUUACGGAACCUUGCAAGAUACCAAAGAGAUGAGCAAGGUACUGAGCAAUGGAGAAAAAUGACAAAAGUCAGCAUACCCAGGCGUUACUGGUUUCCUCAAAACGACAUUUGCGUAGUAUUUACAGAUGCUCCAUUUGUGUAUAACGAUUAUGUGAAGCCUCUGCCCCUAGCCUCGCGUAGGUGGGAUUAUGGAUCUAUGGACUGUGUUGCAUCGGGCUGGGGGAAAAUAAAUGAGCAAAUGCAGGGUGAUUCAGGCGGACCUCUGGUAUGCAGAGGCACUGGAGACCCGAACGACAAAGGCCAGGGAGUAAUUGUCGGAGUGGCGUGCGGGUACGCGAUUCGAAAGUACCGCCGCGACAGCUUCUUCACGAGGGUAACCAGUUACUUGGGCUUCCUCAGAAACGAAGCAACGACAACCACGCCUGUGUUUUGUAUUGUUUUACUGUCGCAAAUUAUAUCGAACUUUAACUGACAUUUUAUUUUAAUUUUCCAUGUAAACAACUGCUAGAUUUGCAUAGAGUACAGUGAAACCAAAAGACUGACAGUAAAUACUUAUUAUAUGACAAAUAUAUAUAUAAUAUGUGAUAAUAGUACAUUACGAUACAAUUGGGAGUGGUGAUAAAUUAAAACAUGACCUAAGGAAUCCGUCUUUUAGUGGGAUGCAAUACAAGUGCGAUACAAGUGCGAUAAGUAAGACAUUAGCUAUUCGCACGUGUAUCAUAGAACGCUUUACAGUACAUAUGGCCCUUUAAAUUUUCGACAUAGGUACGUAUAGUGCUAAGUACCGCACUAGGGCGGCAAAGAAGCACCAAUGGCAGGUACUGUGAAUAUAUUAUAUUUACUACAUCACAAAACGACGUAAGUUUUACGUCAUCCGCACUAAAAGUUCGAGCCCUGCUAAUGCCCAAUGCCAUGUAUAAUGACACCUUUAGUGACAGUAGUAAAGGUAGAUAUAAUUUCUAAAAGGGUAAAUCGAGCACUUUUAUUUAAUACCAA